UGCCCGCUGCUGCACCUCCGCCGGUUUCUCCGCCUCCACCACCGAAGCCGCCCCUCCCAGCCUUCCUCCUCUCCUCCGCGUCUCCCUCCUUCAGACACAAGAACUAUUAAUCCAGACCAAUCCGGUCCGUAAACACCCCUAGUGGUAACUUUGGAGAUCGGACUCGCUCUCAUUAACACAAAAGUAGCUGAUUAAUUAAAAUUCUCCUCAUUCGAAACAUUGUGUACCCUGCAACUCGAUCGAUGCAAAUCUUGGAAUAAAAGAUCUUAAGCUGAAAUAUGAUGGAUUCUUGGUUUUGAUAUCUUCAACUUCCUGUAGUUGCAUCACUUGUAAUCCCAGAUAUACUGCCAUUCUAAUCAGUGAAUUAGGAUUUUCGCAGUAAUCUGGGGGCUUCAUUUUGGGUUCCGCUCGGAAUCAUGGACGUCAUGGACAAGCAAAGUGCUCUGGAUUAUAUCAACCAAAUGUUCCCCACAGAGGCUUCGUUAUCUGGUAUUGAGCCAAUGGUGCAGAAAGUACAUAGUGAAAUUCGUCGUGUUGAUGCGGAAAUUUUAGCUGCUGUGCGACAGCAGAGUAAUUCGGGAAGCAAAGCCAGGGAGGAUCUUGCUGCCGCCACACAAGCCGUAAAGGAACUCAUGUACAAAAUUCGAGAGAUUAAAACCAAAGCAGAACAAAGUGAAACGAUGGUACAGGAAAUUUGUCGCGACAUAAAGAAGCUAGAUUUUGCCAAAAAACACAUUACAACUACUAUUACUGCUCUGCAUCGGCUUACAAUGCUAGUUUCUGCUGUAGAGCAGCUCCAAGUUAUGGCUUCAAAAAGACAAUAUAAGGAGGCUGCUGCACAAGUAGAGGCUGUAAACCAGUUAUGCAGCCAUUUUGAAGCAUAUAGAGAUAUUCCAAAGAUUACAGAGCUCAAGGAGAAGUUCAAGAGCAUAAAGCAAAUACUCAAGACAUAUGUUUUCUCUGAUUUCUCCAGCUUAGGUACUGGUAAAGAGACUGAGGAGAGCAAUUUGCUACAGCAGUUAUCAGAUGCGUGUUUGGUUGUUGAUGCGUUGGAGCCAUCAGUGAGGGAGGAGUUGGUAAAGAAUUUCUGCAACAGGGAGCUUACAUCAUAUCAACAGAUAUUUGAAGGAGCUGAGUUAGCUAAGUUGGAUAAAGCGGAAAGGAGAUAUGCUUGGAUAAAGCGCCGAUUAAGAACAAAUGAGGAGAUUUGGAAAAUUUUCCCUCCUUCGUGGCAUGUAGCAUAUUUGCUUUGCAUCCAGUUCUGCAAAUUAACAAGGAUGCAACUUGUGGAUAUCCUUGACAAUCUGAAAGAGAAACCAGAUGUUGGAGCUUUAUUGAUGGCCCUACAGAGAACCCUAGAAUUUGAGGAAGAAUUAGCAGAUAAAUUUGGUGGUGGUGUUGGAAACAAAGAAACAGGCACUGAUGGUGAGGAAAAAGAUUCGGUAAAUAAUGUCUCAGAUAUUCGAAAGAAGUAUGAGAAAAAGCUUGCUAGGCAUCAGGGGAGUGGAGAAGAGAGUUCAGAAGGGCGCAGUGAGUUAUCUGCUCCUGGAGCUGGGUUCAACUUUCGUGGGAUCAUUUCAUCUUGCUUUGAACCUUACUUGAUAGUCUAUGUGGAACUGGAAGAGAAGACACUUAUGGAAAAUCUAGAGAAACUUGUGCAGGAAGAAACAUGGGACAUUGAAGAAGGAAGCCAGACAAAUAUUUUAUCAAGUAGCAUGCAGGUUUUUCUGAUUAUCCGGAGAAGCUUAAAGCGAUGCAGUGCUUUGACCAAAUACCAGACCUUACUUAACUUGUUCAAGGUAUUUCAAAGAACUCUUAAAGCAUAUGCUACCAAGCUCUAUGCUAGGCUACCCAGAGGGGGAACUGGUAUUGUAGCUGCUGCAACAGGAAUGGAUGGGCAGAUAAAGACAUCCGAUAAGGAUGAAAGGCUGAUUUGCUAUAUUGUGAAUACUUCCGAGUAUUGCCAUAAAACGUCCGGUGAAUUGGCUGAAAAUGUUUCCAAAAUAAUUGAUCCUCAAUUCGUGGACAAAGUUGAUAUGUCAGAAGUACAGGAUGAAUUUUCAGCAGUUAUAACAAGAGCAUUGAUGACACUGGUACAUGGUAUAGAGACUAAAUUUGAUGCGGAGUUGGCUGCAAUGACAAGAGUUCCAUGGGGUACCCUUGAAAGCGUUGGUGAUCAAUCUGGAUACGUCAACGGAAUAAAUAUGAUAUUUAGUAGUAGCAUCCCCGUCCUUGGGAGCCUUCUCUCUUCAAUUUACUUCCAAUUCUUUCUUGACAAGCUUGCAUCCUCUCUUGCUCCACGCUUUUAUCUCAACAUCUUCAAAUGCAAGCAGAUAACAGAAACAGGAGCUCAACAAAUGUUGUUGGAUACGCAGGCCGUAAAAACUAUUCUUUUGGAUAUUCCUUCUCUUGCAAAGCAGACUUCAGGAGCUUCCAGCUAUUCCACAUUUGUUAGCCGUGAGAUGAGCAAAGCUGAAGCACUCUUAAAGGUUAUUUUGUCCCCCAUUGAUUCUGUUGCUGAUACAUACUGUGCGCUAUUGCCUGAGGGUACACCCACUGAGUUUCAAAGAAUUCUAGAGCUCAAGGGCUUGAGAAGAACUGACCAGCAAGCCAUACUGGACGAUUUUAGUAAACGUGGUUCUGGACUUACUCAGCCAACUAUUACAAGUUCAUCAGUUGUUCCAGCAUCUUCUCCGCCUGCACCCGUGUUACUGAGUACUACAUCAGAUGGAAGCAUGGGGGUCAGAGAUGAUGUCUUUGUCAGAGCAGCUGCACUUGGUCGAGGUGCAUACACUAGCGGCUUUAAGAAAUUCCUUGCCAUAACUGAGGCUGCGAAGGAUCGGAAGGAUUUUAGGAAGAUUUUCACUGGAUAAGACUGAAACAAAGGCACAAUAUUACUUAGAUCGAUUUUGUUCACAGAAUUUUCACUUGGCGGUUAAUAUAGUGCAAAUACAGAUUCAGUUUCCUUUCUGUAACAUACCCAGGAGGCGGGAAGUUUUGUACAUCAAACAACUAAAAGAUUUCAAUGAAAAUGUAAAGGUGCGAUUCCCUUACCUGUACCAAGACAUUAAAAUGCGUUUACAGAGAAAAUGGACAAGCUACGAGUAGUUCAACUGUUCAAUUGCUCUAUGUUCAUGUUUUAUAGAACAGAGUGGGGAGAUGUAUCGGCUCCUUUGAGGGGAUUUAGGGGAAAGAGAAAGAGGGAAACAAAUCUAUUCCUAUUUAAUCCAUCCUUCAAUGCCUGUAAUCUUUUUUCCUUCUAAAAUCUACAUUCAGAAGAUUAUAUAAACGUUGUUCUCUUUGGCAACCAUAACCAUAUCGUAUUCGUGCUAAGUGCUGAAAAUGGAC